AUGAUGACACCCAGAAAUGGACCAAACACCCAGAUGCACGGCUUAGUCGGGAAGCCAUUACUUUACUUCACGAGUGUGUUCGUAUCACUGGGUGUCUUUCUUUUUGGUUAUGACCAGGGUGUAAUGUCGGGAAUCAUAACUGGCUGGUACUUCAAAGAUUACUUCAACCAGCCUUCUCGGGCUACAAUUGGUACUGUGGUUGCAGUUCUCGAAAUUGGAGCAUUUAUAUCCUCGCUCCUUGUGGGACGUGUUGGUGAUAUGAUCGGCCGCCGAAGGACUAUACUCUAUGGCUCCAUAGUGUUCUUCAUUGGCGGUGCUUUUCAAACAUUUGCCACAGGUAUUCCCAUGAUGAUGGUCGGCCGUGUCGUUGCUGGUUUAGGCGUUGGUGCCCUCUCUACGAUUGUGCCAGUUUACCAGUCUGAAAUUUCGCCUCCCCACAACCGUGGGAAGCUCGCAUGCAUCGAAUUCACCGGCAAUAUUGCUGGGUAUGCGACUAGUGUGUGGGUAGACUAUUUCUGUAGCUUUAUCGAUAACGAUUACUCCUGGCGCCUCCCACUCCUUUUCCAGUGUAUCAUGGGUGCCUUGCUUGGAGUUGGCAGUCUGAUGAUCUGUGAAUCACCUAGGUGGCUUCUUGAUAAUGACCACGACGAAGAGGGCAUGGUGGUGAUCGCAAAUCUUUAUGGCGAAGGUGACCUUCUUAAUGACAAGGCCCGCCAAGAAUAUCGUGAGAUCAAGAUGAACGUCCUCGUCCAGCGCCAGGAGGGCGAACGGUCCUACUCGGACAUGUUCCGCCGGUAUCGCAAGCGUGUUUUGAUUGCCAUGUCGGCUCAGGCCCUAGCUCAGCUCAACGGGAUCAAUGUCAUCUCAUACUAUGCGCCUCUGGUUUUUGAAUCGGCCGGCUGGGCUGGACGGGAUGCCAUCUUGAUGACUGGAAUCAACGGUAUUUCAUACCUUCUGUCUACCAUACCACCGUGGUAUCUGGUGGAUGGCUGGGGUCGGCGACCGAUCCUACUUUCGGGUGCUGUUGCCAUGCUCAUUUCGCUUUCUCUUAUCUCCUACUUUAUUUACAUUGAAAUUCCCGCCACCCCAACCUUGACGGUCAUCUUCGUUAUGCUCUAUAACGCAGCUUUCGGGGCAUCUUGGGGCCCCAUUCCAUGGUUAUACCCCCCGGAGAUUUUGCCUUUGAGUAUUCGUGCCAAAGGUGCAAGCUUGAGCACCGCUUCAAAUUGGGCAUUCAAUUGGCUCGUGGGCGAGGUGACCCCUGUUCUUCAGGAAGUUAUCAAGUGGCGGCUAUAUCUGGUCCAUGCAUUCUUUUGUGCAUGCAGUUUUGUGCUUGUUUAUUUUUUGUAUCCCGAAACGAGUGGAGUCCGCCUAGAAGAUAUGAACGUUCUUUUUGGCGACGCUUCCACCGCCAUGCCGACACCCGCCACUCAAGGCGAGCGGGGGUCGCUGAUGGGUGCUGGUUCACCCGUCCCAUCGCUUGACCUGCGUCGGCAGUAUGGUCAAUUUGGGGCAGAAAAUUCUAUCCCUGGUCUAGAUAUUGAUCCGCCGACUUCGAGCCAUGAGGGGACCAGCAAACGCGGACGCUCGGAUUCUCACCAGGGCAGCGUUCGCGGCGAGGGCAUUGGUGGCUGGAUCUCAAACAUGGUCAGUCGAAACCGAGGAGCGGGCCCCAGUGCUACUAGCAGUCAAUAUAGACGUUUGGAGCAAGGAGAAGGAGACGAGCAAUGA